AUCCCUCACCUGACUAAAAAGUUAUUACAUAUUAUUAGAACAGCUGAGAAUUUAUAAAAUACGGUAAAAGACUGAGUGAAAAUGACAGAGGCGUCAGGAACCACAAAAACAGCACUCACGGCCACACAUGCCACGGAUCGAGAGGUUGAAGACAGUAAUGUGUCGAAGAAAGACAAAAUGUCGCAGAAGGAGAAGGAGAUACCUGUCGUACAUGAUCAGGGCUUCUUCCAGCAUGACACUGGAGAUUCAUAUGAUGGAUACUUCGAAGCGAAGAAAAAGGAUCGUGCGGUUAAAAUGCAUGGGUAUGGUGUUUAUACGACAGCUGAAGGCGACCGGUACCAGGGACACUGGGAUCAAGAUAGAUUCGGCUGGAGUGACGAGGUUGUAAUAUCGUACGUCGACGGUGCAAAAUUCGAAGGAAUUGUGAAAGAUUGGUCUUAUUCAGGCAAGGGUAAUUAUACCUAUCCCGAUGGAGGUCAUCUGCACUGUGAAUUUGCGGACAGUUGUCCAACAGGCAACCUGCGGUUGACGGAUCCUAAUGGGCACAUCUGGUUGGGUAAGGCUGAAUUAGGAUUCGCAUGGUUCGAACCCGUUAAUCACUUUUAUGAUUUCUUAGAGACGGCUAGUGCGACGAGAUCGAAGCGUCGCCAUCAUAAAGGUAUGUCCAAGAAAUCUUUGUCGCGUUCUAAACAUAAGUUGGCUUCUAGUCUUUCAUACCAAAACAUUAAGAAACGAGAGGUUAGUCCGACAUAAUAAAGUUAUUUUCAUUUCUUUUUACCUAGUUCAUGUUAUUUAUUUUAUGGAUAAAAUAUAUAUUUACAUAAUAUAUGUUGUUAUAUCCGUCACUGGAGAGUACUUAUUGAGUUUAAUAUUGAGUUGAGACGGAUGAUUGAACAUCAUAGUUAACGUAAAUAAUGUAAACACAGCCGUUGUAUAAGUAACGAAGGUAGGUCAGGAAACGAAUGAACUCCAAGUUGUCUCGUCGAGUGUGAACUUGUAAAUGUAGAGGCGUGCUCCGAUCAUUUAUGUAAACAAUCGAUAGAAGAAAAUGUAAACAAUGGAAACGUUUAAGGAUUGAGAAACUGGCACCUUUGUAAGUAGUUAAGCACUUAGUUACAUGUGUCGAUAUUGGUCGCUAACUGCAGUUAGUCACUUAACUAGUUAGGGGCACUCCGUCUUGUGACACUGCCGGUUGAACCUACUUGCUCUACACGUAUAUCAUUCGGAUUUAUCGAUACAGUCACAAAC